AUGGCUGCACCGUCCCGCCCCCUGUGGGAUUCUCACCUCAGCACUAUUCUUUCACCCUUCAACAGUACCUCUAGUACUCGAUCUCUAACUGCACUCUCAGCAACUCGCGAAGCAGUACAGCUCGAACUCUACGAGGCGCGACGAGCGACGCAGCGCAUUGCCACCGUCUGGAAUGCGCACACGGCUAUCUGCAGGCUCCCUCAGGAGGUGCUCGAGAACGUCUUCGCCUCUCUCAGAGACAUCUACAUCCCCGGUGUAUAUGGCCGCCCAAGGCUCGGCUAUGUCGUUAUCCUACACGUUUGCCGGCUAUGGCGGGAGAUCGCUCUUCAAGCCCCUCGUAUCUGGACCUACAUCGAAUUGGGACUGGGAUCCGCCUGGGCGAACCGCUUCCUCGAGCUCUCGUGCACCCUUCCGUUGAAGAUGGAUCGGUUCCCGAAUGCUACUAGUACCGCCCAAGCGUUAUCCAUCAUCUCUCAGGUUCUCCGCCAUGCGCCUGAAAGGAUCACCGUACUGGACCUACCAAACGGGAUCUACGACGCUUCGGAGUUAUUCGGAAUCUUGUCAUCCUGCGAGUCGCCGCUUCAUCUCGGGAAACUAUGUAUCUCAUCGGAAUGGACCCCGCGCGCUUCACUUCCUCUGCGUAUCUUCGAGGGCGUAGGUCAUGUCGGGAUCUCAGAAGCGCUGACAGGGGCGAGCCCACAACUCGACUGGUCAACACUUUCGCGUACUAUACGUUGUCUGGAACUGGGGUUCGAAGAUCACUCGGCUACGAAGGUCGAACCCUGUCACGGACUGUUCACGGCUCUCGGUCAAUGUGUUCAGCUGGAGUCACUACACAUCAAGUCAACUUUCCUCGAAGCGAUACCGGUCGAGGGUACAAUAGAUCUUCACUGCCUGCAGAAUCUCUCUCUAUCAGGAAAAGCCUCUACCGUCUCGGCCUUCCUGGACGCCGUCGUUCUCUCCACCACCUUGAACAGACUCAAGCUCGCGAUCACCGAGGCUGACGCUGCCAACUGGACUGCCAUUGCUGCACGCCUCCAGCAGGGAUCAGGUCGACUCACAAGCCCUGCGUACAGGAGCCUCUUCCUACGCGGCUUCACAGGCUCCGUGCACAUCCUAGCCUCGCUCGAGAACACAGGUCCCUUACGACCGAACCGCGACUUCAAACGCACAUACAUCGCCCUAGAGCUCUCCGUCCAAUCGCCCUUCCAUCUUGGCAGACCUCCGCGUCACGACUAUGUCAGUAUCGCAACGAACGUGCUCUCGUCGAUCGACCUCUCUUCAUUGAAGACGCUGCACAUCGACCAGUUCCGGACCUCUCCUAGUCAUUGGCUGGAAUCUUUCAGACACGCACGCGCGCUCCGCCAUAUCGUUCUCAAGGAUCCGGAUACCUCGCUACCGUGCGUUAUAGCUCUCGGCUCGUCUUAUCACGGGGAGACGCCGUCGGGCGCGGAGGACCUCUUGUUUCCAGCCUUGCAAACGCUUUCGUUCGAGGGACUCGAUCUCGCCAAACCCAUCGUCACCGAAUUCGUCUCAGGAAGCGUAUCCAUCGCACUCGGCAGCACAUUGGCUACACGCGUAGUUCUUAACUGCGUUCCGCGAUCUUUGGUCCUGGCAGAGUGCAAAGUCGAGCAGCAGGAGCUGCAGAGUUGGGUCGACGUCGUUCCGGCGGAGAUGCGGGAUUGGACGGUGGAUAGUUUGCGGAUCGGUGCAGAUACGACGGGAAAGCAUCAUGAUAUGCCGGAUUCAGUGGACAGAUGA